UCCUUUUUUGUCUAUGGAUAAAUUUUGACAGCUGACGGGGACAUCCGGCGUGCCGACGUGAAACGGGUCCUUUUUCAAGCGUACGCCAUUGCUGGCGUAUGGUAGUUUAUUUUAUUGAAAGUAAAAUCAAAAGCCAUCCAAAAUGGUGAACUUUACAGUAGACGAAAUCCGCACGAUGAUGGACAAGAAGCGGAAUAUCCGCAACAUGUCGGUGAUUGCCCACGUCGACCACGGCAAGUCGACUCUGACAGACUCCCUGGUCUCGAAGGCCGGUAUCAUUGCCGGAGCCCGAGCUGGCGAAACCCGCUUCACCGACACACGCAAGGACGAACAGGACAGAUGCAUCACCAUCAAGUCUACAGCUAUUUCUAUGUUCUUUGAGCUUGAGGAGAAAGACUUGGUAUUCAUCACCAAUGCUGACCAAUGUGAAAAGAAUGAAAAGGGAUUCUUGAUCAACCUGAUUGACUCUCCUGGACACGUUGACUUCUCGUCUGAGGUGACUGCUGCCCUCCGUGUCACUGAUGGUGCCUUGGUCGUGGUGGACUGUGUCUCUGGUGUGUGUGUACAAACUGAGACCGUGCUGCGUCAGGCUAUUGCUGAGCGUAUCAAGCCCAUCCUGUUCAUGAACAAGAUGGACCGUGCUCUGCUCGAGUUGCAGCUGGAAUCUGAAGAGCUGUACCAGACGUUCCAACGUAUUGUUGAGAACGUAAACGUCAUCAUCGCCACCUACUCUGAUGACAGUGGUCCUAUGGGUGAGGUACGUGUGGACCCCAGCAAGGGUUCCGUGGGCUUUGGAUCAGGUCUGCACGGCUGGGCCUUCACCCUUAAGCAGUUCUCUGAAAUGUAUGCCGACAAGUUCAAGAUUGACCUUGUCAAGCUCAUGAACAGACUUUGGGGAGAGAACUUCUUCAAUGCCCAGACUAAGAAAUGGUCAAAGCAAAAGGACUCGGACAACAAGCGUUCCUUCUGCAUGUACGUGCUGGACCCCAUCUACAAGGUGUUCGACGCCAUCAUGAACUUCAAGAAGGAGGAAAUCGACAGUUUGCUCAAGAAGAUUGGAGUCACACUCAAGCACGAGGACUCUGACAAGGACGGCAAAGCUUUACUCAAGGUCGUCAUGCGCUCAUGGCUGCCUGCCGGAGAAGCCUUGCUUCAGAUGAUUGCCAUCCACUUACCGUCGCCCGUGGUGGCCCAGAAGUACCGUAUGGAGAUGUUGUACGAAGGACCCCACGACGAUGAAGCCGCUAUUGGUAUCAAGAGCUGCGACCCCGAAGCACCUUUGAUGAUGUACGUUAGUAAAAUGGUGCCGACUUCGGACAAGGGCCGUUUCUACGCGUUCGGCCGAGUGUUCUCCGGCAAGGUCAUCACCGGACAGAAGGCACGCAUCAUGGGACCCAACUACCAGCCCGGCAAGAAGGAGGAUCUGUACGAGAAGACCAUCCAGCGUACAAUCUUGAUGAUGGGUCGUUACGUAGAGGCCAUUGAAGACGUACCUUCUGGUAACAUCUGCGGUUUGGUUGGAGUUGAUCAGUUCCUCGUUAAGACCGGCACCAUCACUACCUACAAGAACGCCCACAACAUGAAGGUGAUGAAGUUCAGUGUAUCGCCCGUCGUGCGUGUGGCCGUGGAGCCCAAGAACCCUGCUGACCUGCCCAAACUGGUGGAAGGUCUCAAGCGUCUCGCCAAGUCCGAUCCUAUGGUACAGUGUAUCAAUGAGGAGUCCGGCGAGCAUAUUGUUGCUGGAGCCGGCGAGCUGCAUCUGGAGAUCUGUCUCAAGGAUCUGGAAGAGGACCACGCUUGCAUUCCAAUCAAGAAGUCUGACCCCGUAGUAUCGUACCGUGAGACCGUCUCCCAGCUGUCCGACCAGAUGUGUCUCUCAAAGUCUCCCAACAAGCACAACCGUCUCUUCAUGAAGGCGCAGCCCAUGCCCGAGGGUCUGCCAGAGGAUAUUGAUGAAGGCCGCGUUAACCCGCGUGACGACUUCAAAACGCGUGCUCGCUACCUUAGCGAGAAAUACGAAUACGACGUGACAGAGGCGCGUAAGAUCUGGUGCUUCGGCCCCGAGGGCACCGGGCCCAACAUCCUCGUGGACUGCUCUAAAGGAGUGCAGUACCUCAACGAGAUCAAGGACUCUGUGGUGGCCGGCUUCCAGUGGGCCGCUAAGGAAGGAGUGAUGGCUGAAGAGAAUCUGCGUGGUGUCCGCUUCAAUAUCUACGACGUCACGCUGCACACUGACGCCAUUCACAGAGGUGGCGGUCAAAUCAUUCCCACAACUAGGAGAUGUCUGUACGCGUGUCUGCUCACUGCCGCGCCCAGGCUUAUGGAGCCCGUAUAUCUUUGUGAAAUCCAGUGCCCCGAGGUAGCAGUGGGCGGAAUCUACGGCGUACUGAAUCGGCGGCGCGGGCACGUAUUCGAAGAGUGUCAAGUUGCCGGCACGCCCAUGUUCGUGGUGAAGGCAUACCUGCCCGUCAACGAGUCGUUCGGCUUCACGGCCGACCUUCGCUCCAAUACUGGCGGCCAGGCGUUCCCUCAGUGCGUCUUCGACCACUGGCAGAUCCUCAACGGCGACCCCUUCGAGCCAAGCACCAAGCCCUACACCGUCGUACAGGAAACAAGGAAACGAAAAGGACUCAAGGAAGGUCUCCCUGAUUUAAAUCAAUAUCUCGACAAGUUGUAAACGCUGUAGCUAAUGCAAUCCAUAAUGUAAUAUAUGUAACAUUCGUACGCCUCCCGCCCUUCACUUGUCUUAUCACAUUUUGUUUGAUGCCUUACGGUACAGUUGAUGCCUUGAUAAGUUUGUAAGUACCGCAAGAGAUAACACGAAGAACAUUCAAUAAAAAUAUUGCUGGUCGAUAUAUUGCAUUGUUAAUAUUAUAACCACAAGCAGUGAUACUAGACUGUUAUUUGUAGUAUCACUAUUAUAUAAAUUAUAAUGAAUAUCAUUUCAAUCUUAAGAAUUGUUAUCGAUUGAUGUAGUUGGGAACCAGGACUUCAUUUACUUUAUACUGUAAUUAAUUUUUAAAUUAUAAUUUUCUAUUGUAACAAGUAUUGUUUUAAUCUCUAUUAAAGUAUAAUACCAGGUUAUAAGAUACCAUUGGGAUAAGAUCUCUUAACUUUAGAUCUCUGCGGAUUGUGUAACAAAUGAAGGCAGGUCACAGAUUGAAUAGUUCUGCGAAAUCGUCACCUACCGCUGCAACCCAGUGAAAACUAAUCACCGAUGGAUUCAUUACUGCUUCAGGUCAACUGCAGCGUUAGAUUAUAGAACGGUGGUAACUGCGUACGACUGCUGCUAUGGUGUCCAGAAAUUAUAGAUAGUGUUGUGGUGAAUCUUUAAAUACUUCUCUUUAAAUUAUUAUUGAUGUUAUGAUUUAAUAAAGGUUAAAUUUAUCAAGCUUGUUUUUAUUUCGUCUU